AGUCACACGGAUAUCCUCACUCGGAUUGCUUUUACAUACCAGGGCUCGCCCUCCACCGCCUCACCUAUGCGCUUUUCACAUGGGGAUGCAACUCCUCACCUGCUCGGAAUAUAUUCGGCUGUUACAUUUACAUUCGCAAUAGCGGUUGGCUCAAAUCAGAGAGCGCGCACCUCUGCGUAACGCACAGGAGGUGGAUUGUGAUUUGCGCAUUUGGUGAUGUAUUGGAGGUGAAAGGAAGGAUUGGAUCGGGCAGGAUUUGAUAAGGACCCGCAAAAGGGGAAGCAGCUUAGUUUAUAACCCCUGCGACUGGACACCUUCUGGUUUUACGCAUCAUCUCUACUCUCGAGAUCUAGUGCGCGAGAGCCUGUAGUAGCCUAUUGCAUGUCAUGUCUUUUCUCUUUGACUGAUCGCGGCAUCCAAGAGGAACCUAAAGAUUACGAUGCCAGGACAGUGAGAAGCUGCAUCUCAGUUGUUCGGUAGCAUGGCUCCGUCCCGGAGGGACUGCAGAUGUGACAUGAUCUUUCUGUCGGGAUGCCUACUCCUGUCCGUCUUGGGAUUUCAACCUGCAUUGGGGAAGGUCUGCAACGAUUACACAAGGCACGGCCUGGACAACAACUGGUACACGAGAGAUGGUGAGAAGUUGCCCAUCAUGGUCCUGAUGCCGAUGAAUGAAUCAGCGCUGAUGAGCAGCAUCAGUCAAGGCAUCGAGCCGGCCGUUCAGCUGGCCAUCCAGCACAUCCGCGAGUCCAGGCAGUACUCCUUCUCGCUCAUCACCAAAAUCUACGACACGGAGUGUGACAACGCAAAGGGAUUGCGGGCCUUCUUUGAUGCAAUCUGCUACGGUCCGAAACAUUUGAUGAUCUUUGGAGGAGUGUGUCCGUCAGUGACUUCGAUCAUCGCUGAAUCGUUGGAGGGGUGGAACCUCGUGCAGCUUUCUUUUGCAGCCACAACUCCUGUCCUGGCAGACAGGAAAAAGUAUCCAAAUUUCUUCAGGACCGUCCCAUCAGACAAUGCUGUGAACCCCGCUGUGGUGAAGUUUCUCAACUAUUACAACUGGAGCCGAGUGGGAACCCUGACCCAGGAUGUCCAGCGCUUUUCUGAGGUGCGGAAUGAUUUGACCAAUGAGCUGGAGAAGGCAGACAUCCAGAUUGCAGACACUGAGAGUUUCUCUAAUGAUCCCUGUGUGAAUGUGAAGAAACUGAAGGAUAAUGAUGUCCGGAUCAUCAUCGGUCAGUUUGAUGAGAAUCUGGCCUCUAAAGUCUUCUGCUGUGCCUACAACCUGAACAUGUAUGGCAGUAAGUACCAGUGGAUCAUCCCAGGAUGGUACCAGGGGAACUGGUGGGAACAGGCGAACUCCACAAAUUGCACCACUAAGAAGCUGCUGACAGCCAUGGAGGGCUAUAUCAGUGUGGACUUUGAGCCUCUCAGUGCCAAACAGAUUAAAGGAAUAUCAGGAAGAACGCCACAGGAGUACGAGAGGGAGUACAACCGCGAGCGAGAGCAGAAAGGAGUGGAGGCCAGCAAGUUCCACGGCUUUGCCUACGAUGGCAUCUGGGUGAUUGCAAAGACCCUCACACGCGUCAUGGAGCUCCUCAGGCACAAGGAGAGGCACGACAUGUACCACAACUUCACGGUGGAUGACCGCGAGGUGGGCAAAAUGGUCCUGGACGUGAUGAACGAAACCAACUUCUUUGGAGUGACGGGUCAGGUGAUGUUCAGGAACGGGGAACGCAUGGGAACCAUAAAAUUCACCCAGUUUCAAGAGGGUCAAGAGGUGAAGGUGGGCGAGUACAAUGCCAUUGCAGAUGUACUGGACCUUAUCAACAACACCAUCAGGUUCCAAGGUGUUGAACCGCCGAAGGAUCGGACGUUUGUGCGUCUGCAGCGCCGGCAAAUAAAUGUCCCCCUCUAUAGCAUCCUGUCUACCAUCACUAUCCUGGGCAUGCUCAUGGCAGGAGCCUUCCUCUUCUUUAACAUCAAAAACCGCAACCACAGGCUGAUCAAAAUGUCGAGUCCCUAUAUGAACAACCUGAUCAUUCUGGGGGGCUUGCUGUCAUAUGCCUCCAUUUUCCUCUUUGGUCUGGAUGGAUCUUUUGUGUCAGACAAGGAAUUUGAGACCCUCUGUACUGUCCGUACAUGGAUCCUCAUUGUGGGUUACACAACAGCAUUUGGCGCCAUGUUUGCAAAGACCUGGAGAGUGCACGCUAUCUUCAAGAAUGUAAAGAUGAAGAAGAAGAUUAUCAAGGACCAGAAGCUCUUUAUCAUCGUGGGUGGGAUGUUGCUGAUUGAUUUGUGCAUCCUCAUAUGCUGGCAGAUCGUGGAUCCGCUGAAGAGAACUGUGGAAGAGUACAGCUUGGAGGCGGAUCCUCAGGGACGAGACAUCGCAAUCCGGCCCUUCCUGGAGCACUGUGAGAACACGCACAUGACCAUUUGGCUGGGGAUUGUCUAUGCCUACAAAGGCCUCCUUAUGCUGUUUGGAUGUUUCUUGGCCUGGGAGACCAGAAACGUGAGCAUUCCAGCCCUGAACGACAGCAAGUACAUCGGCAUGAGUGUGUAUAAUGUGGGCAUCAUGUGUAUCAUUGGAGCAGCAGUGUCCUUCCUGACCCGGGAUCAGCCUAAUGUGCAGUUCUGCAUCGUGGCACUGGUCAUCAUCUUCUGCAGCACCAAGUACUGCCUGUGUCUGGUUUUUGUGCCAAAAUUUGUCUCAAUGCGAACAAACCCGGAUGCUGCCACACAGAACCGGAGGUUAAAGCUCACCCAGAACCAGAAGAAGGAAGAUUCCAAGACGUCCACCUCAGUAACCAGUGUUAACCAGGCCAACACUUCCCGUCUGGAUGGAUUACAGUCAGACAACCACCGCCUCCGAAUGAGAAUUACAGAGCUGGAUAAAGAACUGGAAGAGGUUACCAUGCAACUCCAGGACACUCCAGAAAAGACUCCAUACAUUAAACAAAACCACUACCAAGAUGUCAACAAUAUCCUGAGCAUACGCAACUUCACUGACGGCAAAGAUGGAGAGAAAUCUCUGAAGAACCACUUAGAACAAAAACCCCAGGCUCAGUGGGGAUCCAUGGAUCCUUCAAGGAUAAGCAGAGGUCAACUAGACGACAUCAACUCACCAGAACACAUACAGCGCAGGCUGUCCCUGCAGCUGCCUAUCCUGCAUCACGCCUAUUUGCCCUCCAUAGGAGGGGUGGAUGCGAGCUGCAGCAGUCCCACGAGCAGCCCAGCCUCCAGCCCACGCCACAGACACAUGCCCCCCUCCUACAGGGUCAUGGUGUCCGGCCUGUGAGGCCCGCCGCCUGCCCUGCACUCCAAGGAAGCGAUCAGCUUUUUAUUUUAAGACAGACUGAGCAAUAUCAGUGGUUAACAGAAGCGUGUGAGCAACCCAGGGGGGUCCAACUCUUCAUGCAUUCGUGACCCCCCUCCCACCAUCCAUGGCCACAUCAGAACAGAACUGACCUUUCAGGCUAGGAGGGAGGUGACCGGAGGCCCUCACAUGGCAACCCAACCCAGACUCCCAUCCUCUCGGUCCCGUCACCUCCCGUUCCUAACUAGAUGGACUCAACACCCCCCCAAACAGCAGUGCAGAUCAACGCAGGACAGGAGCUGUAGCCUUACCUGAAAAAAAAAAGAGACGCU